UUACUAACGUCUGUCCUGUAAUAUCACUGUCGCCCUCUGGCUGUGAGCAAGAGAAUCGCGAUUCUUCACAGUUCUUCUCAGAAGAUGGCGGAGGGUGAGCUUAACGUUGACAGCAUCAUCUCCCGACUCUUGGAAGUGCGAGGAUGCAGGCCGGGAAAGAUUGUGCAGAUGACGGAGGCGGAGGUACGUGGGCUCUGCAUCAAGUCCCGCGAGAUCUUCCUGAGCCAGCCCAUUCUGCUGGAGCUUGAGGCACCGCUCAAGAUCUGUGGGGACAUCCAUGGGCAGUACACAGACCUUCUGCGACUCUUUGAAUAUGGGGGCUUCCCACCUGAGGCCAACUACCUGUUCCUGGGCGACUACGUGGACCGAGGAAAGCAGUCGCUGGAGACCAUCUGCCUGCUGCUGGCCUACAAGAUCAAGUACCCCGAGAACUUCUUCCUGCUGCGCGGCAACCACGAGUGUGCUUCCAUCAACCGCAUCUACGGCUUUUAUGAUGAGUGCAAGCGCAGGUUCAAUAUCAAACUGUGGAAGACCUUCACAGACUGCUUCAACUGCCUGCCCAUUGCUGCCAUCAUCGAUGAGAAGAUCUUCUGCUGUCAUGGAGGCCUCUCUCCUGACCUCCAGUCCAUGGAGCAGAUCCGUCGCAUCAUGAGGCCUACAGAUGUACCAGACACAGGGCUGCUGUGUGACCUGCUGUGGUCAGACCCGGACAAGGACGUGCAGGGCUGGGGCGAAAACGACCGCGGCGUGUCCUUCACCUUCGGUGCCGAUGUGGUCAGCAAGUUUCUCAACCGGCAUGACCUGGACCUCAUCUGCAGAGCACAUCAGGUGGUGGAGGAUGGAUAUGAGUUCUUUGCCAAGCGACAGCUGGUGACGCUGUUCUCGGCUCCCAACUACUGCGGGGAGUUUGACAACGCCGGAGGGAUGAUGAGUGUGGACGAGUCGCUCAUGUGCUCUUUCCAGAUUUUGAAGCCUUCGGAGAAGAAAGCGAAAUAUCAGUACGGGGGUGUGAACUCGGGUCGGCCAGUUACCCCCCCACGCACGGCUCAGGCCCCCAAGAAGAGGUGAGCGCCUGGGCCGUCAAACAGCUACCCGCCCCCCCAGGCCCCCACCUUAACACCCCCAUCUACCCCAGGGGCACCACAGCUCCACUGCACCUACCCCACCCCACCUCCUCUCUUUCUCUCUUUCUCUCCUGUCUCGCUGAGGGAAGUGCAUACAGCCCCCUCCACACACACACACCCCACAGACACACGCCCACAGACACAAGCCCACAGACAGACACACACAGACGCACAAACACACACACUCCGACUCACACACACUCCACAUCACUUUCUUAUGUACAUAUAAAAGCGAGAAAUUUGCUGUGA